GCCCUGGGGGCCCCCUUCCCGGCCAGACGUCGGGCACUACCGCUGGGUGUGCAGCGUCCUCGAGCCAGUCUGCACCCCCAAAGGACUCCGGUCCACGCCAUGGCCGACUCAGAGCGUCUCUCAGCCCCCGGCUGUUGGCUUGCCUGCACCAGCUUCGCGCGCACCCGAAAGGGAAUCCUCCUGUUUGCUGAGAUUAUCUUGUGCCUGGUGAUUCUGAUCUGCUUCAGCGCCUCGGCCGGCGCCCAAGCGUAUUCCUCCUUGUCCGUGGUUGAGAUGAUCCUGGCUGCUGUCUUCUUUGUCAUCUACAUGUGUGACCUGCACAACAAGAUACAGUUCAUCAACUGGCCCUGGAGUGAUUUCUUCCGAGCGCUCAUCGCAGCCAUCCUCUUCCUGAUCACUUCCAUCGUUGCCCUUGUGGAGAAAGGAAACCACUCCAAAAUCAUCGCAGGGGUGCUGGGCCUAAUUGGUAUGUGCCUCUUUGGCUACGAUGCCUACUUCACCUUCCCUUUUCGGCAGCAAAGACAUACAGCAGCGCCCACUGAUCCCGCAGAUGGUCCGGUGUAGGCCAACUGCCCUUAGACCUGGUCACAAGCUGCAAACAACAACCUACAUUCUCCCUACCCCCACCACACUCCCAACCAACCCCAGCCCCGUGUGAGGUAAAAGUGUCUUUAUUGGGAGAAUUUGUCUUCCAGACUGCCAACCAACCCUCUUGGGUGUGGCUACCUUUCUGGGUGUGCCCAGGUCCCUCUUUUCCUUUUACAGUGUGGAAAGGCAGACACACCUGGAACAAUUUUACCUGGAACAUGCCCCACCUAAGCCCCAAUAUGAGGGCAGAGGGCAUGUCAGAUUUUAUACUUCAAGCUCCAGAUUGUGAUCUCUCUCUCCAAAUAACCUCUUUUGGUGGGGGUGGGUGGGUGUUUCUAUGGAGGGAUAAAUAAAUAAUAAAUUGAUAGUUGGAAAACAUAA